AUUUAACCGCUCGUCUUUAUUUACGUCGCAUUAGAGCUGUACGAUUGUCACUGAUAAGUAUUAUGCUUUUUUAUGGAUAAAAUAUUGAAUACGAUGAGGCUUAAAGAACAUUCAUUUUAUUUUUUCUCCUUAACAAUUUUUUGUUAACUGUUAAAUUUGUAUAUCUAUUUUUAUCACAAGUUUAUUUUAUUUUAAUUCAUAUAAAUAAAUUUGUUAUCUGCUUUUCUUCAUUCAUCUUAAAAUCAUUUAAAACUGCAUUUUUUCAGAGGCAUUGACGCAAUUUAAGGAGUGAUUUUUAUCUUCGGAUAAUUAUUCUUCAUUUUGAAAUGCAUCUUUCGCUGCAAGGAGUGCUUCCGGAUGACUUUCGUGCUUAUAAUCCCGACCAAAGCUUUGCGACUGCAUUAUAAUCCACUCCGAAAUAUUCAUAUUUUCUCAAACCUAAGGAUCCUAAACCGGAGAAUAUGUCUGGCCAAUCUGACCCAGAAAAGACCGUUCAUUAUUCAUCACCUAAUUAUAGUCCUGGACCGAGGCCCAACAAAAAUUCAAAGCCUGACAACAAUCCUGCUCCUGGUUAUUAUGAUCCUACCCAUAACAAUCGACAAGAUAUGAAGCCAGGCUACACAUUCGGACAUAAGCGUUCACCUCCAAGAAUUGAUGCAACUCCCGCACCUGGAUACUAUGACCCUGAUCAAGCCUUAAAGAAAGUGGAAAGUUCAAAGGCCAGUUACAGUUAUUCAUUUGGAGAGAAGCAUCACAUGAUGGAAGACGCACCGGCUGCUGGUUAUUACGAAACAGAUUCGGCCUAUAAGGAUCAGCAAGAUAUGAACCACCCAAGCUACACAUUCGGACAUAAACGUUCUCCUCCAAAAGUUGAUGCAAACCCCGCGCCUGGAUACUAUGAUCCCGAUCAAGCUUUAAAGAAUGUUGAAGGUUCAAAACCCAGAUAUUCAUUUGCAGAGAAGCAUCACAUGAUGGAUGACACUCACUGUAAUCAAAACGUCUAAUGAAAGAANCCUAAAAA